CAAAGGAGGAAGGAACAAACAACAAAUUAAUCACACAGGAAGCGAAUAACCACAGAAGAACGUCUGCCUCUGACUCAGUAUGUCACAUUUAAUAAGAGGCCAGAGCGUGUCCAAAAUGACUGUCCAAAAGCGACCCCGCAUUUGCCUUAGAAGAUGAUGCCUUUUUCAGGGACCGUUUUCUCUCGGGGCUCAUCUCUCCCUUGCUCUCUGUCUGCCUGUGUCCCUGAUCAUGCCUUCCUACAGUAUCCAUUAACGACUUAUCAGCAAGACUGUUGAACGCUUAACUGUCCAAGAUGCCCGUCCCUCCCCCUCCAGCGCCCCCGCCGCCGCCCACAUUUGCUGUGGCCAAUACAGAAAAGCCUGCCUUGAAUAGGUCAGAGCUGGCUGGGAGAAAUGCUCUGCUCUCCGACAUCAACAAAGGGAAGAAACUAAAGAAGACCGUCACCAAUGACAGAAGUGCCCCGAUACUGGACAAACCUAAAGGAGCCGGAGCUGGUGGCGGCGGUGGCUUUGGUGGAGGCGGCGGAUUUGGCGGAGGAGGUGGCAGCGGAGGUGGCGGCAGUGGCAGCGGUGGCGGAAGCUUUGGAGGGGGUGGACCACCCGGUUUGGGGGGACUGUUCCAGGCUGGAAUGCCCAAGCUGAGAUCCACGGCCAACAGGGACAAUGAUUCCGGAGGAAGCCGCCCCCCGAUUUUGCCACCAGGAGCAAGAGCCAGGGCGCUCCCGCAGCGGAACCUGUCCCUCAGCUCGUCCGCACCUCCCCUGCCUUCGCCUGGACGUUCGGGGCCUCUGCCUCCCCCGCCCAGUGAGAGACCCCCGCCCCCAGUGAGGGACCCGCCGGGCCGAUCAGGCCCUCUCCCACCUCCUCCUCCAAUAAACAGAAAUGGCAGCACAUCUCGGGCCCUGCCUGCCACCCCGCAGUUGCCGUCCAGAGGAGUAGACAGUCCCAGGAGUGGGCCCCGGCCCCCCCCUCCUCCAGACAGGCCUGGUGCUGGGGUGCCUCCCCCACCUCCACCAUCAACAUCAAUUAGAAACGGCUUCCAAGACUCUUCAUGUGAAGAUGAGUGGGAAAGCAGAUUCAACUUCCAUCCGAUUUCUGACUUGCCACCUCCAGAGCCAUAUGUGCCAACAACCAAAAGUUAUCCCAGUAAAUUGGCAAGAAGUGAAAGCCGGAGUGGAUCCAACCGAAGAGAAAGGGGUGCCCCACCCCUUCCUCCCAUCCCAAGGUGAUCCUAGCCUGCUCUUCUCCACCCGAGUCCAAGAGCUACUUCUGUUGUUGCUAUCAAGAGUUGCACACCCUCCUCCCCUUGUCUUCCUUGUCCCUUUCAUACUGGGAGUAGGGAAGAAGGGAGGGUGAUGUGGGAAUAUGUGUGUGGGGGGUGGGAAUCCAAUGAAUGCACCUAGAUUUUUAUUCUGUGUAUAUCCUCAAAGCUAUUGCUUGCUUCAGCUACAGCCCACCAGUGCUGACUGCUUGGGUUCAACUAGCUUUUACGGCAAGUAGGCAGAGAUGAACUGUGUCCCAGCUUUCAACCAACCAGAUUCAAACAUUCACUGCAUGUUUGCUACAGAUAAUGUUAAAGUCCCUGAGAGCUGCUUGCUUCCAUGCCAUUUUUGCGUGCUUGGCCUCCUGUCUGUUUCCAUGAACCACAGACCACCUACACAAGUUGCUGAGCAAGGGUGCACAUGACAUUUUUGCGGUUAUAGAUUAUGAUCUUUGGCAGCCUGAGGUAGGCUCUAGGACAGACUGUCCAAUAGAAAUAUAGUGUGAGCCACAUAUACAAUUUAAAUAUUUCUAGUAGCCACAAUAAAAAAAGGAA